GACUAGUGGAUAGACAGCUUUUCUUGCAUCUAGAUUCGUCCUGUGUCGUUUAGCUGUUGUCUUUGAUACCUGUGUAUUCGGACAAGAAAAUUGAGCUGUGAACAUGGCGCUUCCCAUUCUCGCCGGCGUAGCUGGCACUACCGCCCUCGCGGCCUAUCUAAACGCAAAAUACCACCUUAUUCACGAUCUUUCCGGGAGCACCCUUACCCCUACAGAUGCCGAAUUUGCCUGGCUCGCCAACCGAGCGGCUAGCCGCAAACUGACUACCUACGACAUCUUCGAAGCACAGGCAUUGCAUAACGUCUCGAACCAUAUCUUCCUCAUUUUUGAAGGCCGCGAGUUCACGUACCGAGAAUUCUUCGAUCAUGUGACUAAAGUGGGAGCUUGGUUAAUGAACGACCUAGGAGUUCAGACAGAAGAGGUGGUGGCAUUAAAUGGAGGGAAUUCCCCCGAAUUUCUAAUGUUGUGGUUGGCGUUAGAUGGGAUAGGAGCAGUGCCUAGUUUCAUCAACUACAACCUGACAGGAAAAGCCUUGGUACAUUGUGUAAAGCUUUGCGAGAGCAGAUACCUGAUAUCAGACAGCGACGUCCAACCCAACGUCGAACCAUGCGCCCCAGAACUAGAAGAAUCUGGAGUAAAGCUCCUCUACUACAACUCCGACUUGAUCACCAGCCUUCCCUCAUCGGGACCUCUCCCUCAAUCUCGUCGCGACUCAAUCACCCUUGAGACCCUUCGCGGCCUCAUAUAUACCUCCGGUACCACCGGGCUACCUAAAGGCACGCAAAUGACUACUGGACGGGAACUUCUCGUGGGCCAUGUGACCGCCCGCUACCUCAAACUAACCCCCUCCAUCCGCUUCUACACCUGUAUGCCCCUGUACCACGGUGCAGCUCAUGGUCUGUGUCUCACCCCCUCUAUCCAUGCUGGUUGCACAGUAGUGUUAGGCCGCAAGUUCAGUCACAAGACCUUCUGGCCGGAAGUGAGUUCAAGUAAGGCAGAUAUCAUCCAGUACGUCGGCGAGCUAUGUCGGUACUUGUACAACGCACCGCCCUCGCCCCUGGAACGUGCCCACAACGUGAAAAUGGCGUGGGGCAAUGGCAUGCGUCCAGACGUUUGGGAACCUUUCCGCGAACGGUUCAACAUCCCGUGUAUCAACGAGCUCUAUGCUGCCACGGAUGGCUUAGGCUCGACCUUUAAUCGAAACCAUGGACCAUUUACGCAGCACGCAAUUGGACUAAGAGGACUUGUAUGGCACUGGAAGAAUGCGAAGAACGAAGUCAGGGUCAAGAUGGAUGUAGAUACGGAGGAGAUUGUGCGGGAUAAUAAUGGCUUCGCGGUGAAAGCGGGAACAAAUGAGCCUGGUCAGGUGUUGCAUAAGCUCGAUCCUGCGUUAUUAGGCAGCGCGCCUACAUACUACAAAAAUGAGGGGGCGACGAUGGGGAGGAGGUUGAGUGAUGUAUUUGAGAAGGGGGAUCUAUGGUUUCGCUCAGGCGACAUGAUGAGGCAAGACGCCGACGGCCGCGUCUACUUCGUCGACCGCCUCGGCGACACAUUCCGUUGGAAAUCCGAAAACGUUUCCACGAACGAGGUGGCAGACGUACUGGGCCAAUUCCACCAAAUCGCCGAAGUUAACGUCUAUGGUGUCCAAAUCCCGCGCUCUGACGGGCGAGCUGGCGCUGCAUGCUUCGUUCUUGCUGAGAAUGUGAAAGAGAGCGAAUUUGAUUACAAAGGGCUCGCAGAGCAUGCGCUAGCGAGACUACCACGGUAUGCGGUGCCGAUAUUUCUGCGCCUCAGCCCAGCGCUGGAGUAUACGGGGACGUUGAAGAUUCAGAAGGGACGGUUGAAGAUGGAGGGGGUCGAUCCAGAGAAGGUCUCUGGUGGGGAUAAGCUGUUUUGGUUGCCGCCAGGUGAGGAGUCUUAUGUGCCGUUUCAAAAUGGGGAUUGGGACGGGCUAGGUGCGGGCAGAGUGAAGCUAUAGGUGUAAAAAUGUUGGAAUCCAAGACCCUAAGACAACUCGUGGUGAAAGAACAGAGCAAGCGCUUAGGCUAUAUUAGAAGCAACCGAGCCCUCUUCGGAGGGUACGCGGUUUCCAUUGUAACUGAAAAGAAGCAAGGGUGUGUCUUCCAUCCAUCGAAUGAGAU